AUGUCUUUCUUUCCCGAUCAGCUAGAAUGCAACCCUGGUGCAGUGGCAGAUGUGACUGCCUGUACGGAAGCUGUGCUGAAGCCUGACUUCACUGCCUUCACGGCGCUGGCGCUGGCGCUGGCCACUGGCCUCGGCGCCUUCUGCCUCACCGCCGUGCUUGGCUUUCUGCUGCGUGGCCGCCUCACCCGCCCUCAACGCACAGCGGCCUCACCGUCGGCCUCUGUGGCCUCGGCCGUCGGCCGGCGUGGGCUCCAAGGGGAGGGG